AUGCGCACGGCAUCUCUUCUCACAACCACCGCCAUCCUCGGCUCCUCCCUCGCCGCAACAGCACCCGCACCCCCCCAAAACACCAACUCGCAGAGGCCUCGCCUCUCGUACGAAGACAGCGACAACCCUCUCCCCCUCGUCAUUUGGCACGGCCUAGGCGACGCUACCGACAGUAAAAGCCUUGCUCAAGUCACCCAGCUCGCCGGCACCAUCGCCCCGGGCAUCUUCGUCCACAUCAUCAACCCUACCCGGGAUGGGACCAACGACCGCACCGCCACCUUCUUCGGCAACGUCAGCGAGCAAGUACAAAGAGUAUGCGAUCAACUGGCUGCGCACCCCAUCCUCUCCACAGCGCCUGCCAUCGACGCCAUUGGCUUCUCGCAGGGCGGCCAGUUCCUCCGCGGCUACGUCGAGCGGUGCAACUUCCCCCCUGUCCGCAACCUAAUCACCUUUGGCAGCCAGCACGGCGGCAUCACCGACUUCAAGGAGUGCGGAUCCGUCGAUUACAUCUGCAAGGCGGCCAUGGCGCUCCUGCGCUUCAACGUGUGGAGCAGCUUCGUGCAGAGCCGCGUCGUGCCCGCGCAGUACUACCGCCCCGUCGAGGAUGAGGGUUACAACAUGUACCUAGAAAAUUCGAACUACCUGGCAGAUAUCAACAAUGAGCGGGAGCUCAAGAAUGAGGCUUACAAGGAGAACCUUGCUACUCUGAGCAAAUUCGUCAUGUUUCUGUUCGAGAACGACACCGUUUCGAUACCCAAGGAGUCGUCCUGGUUUGGAGAGGUCCAGGUCAACGGGCGAUAUAUGCCCCUGAGGGAGCGCAGGCUGUACAAGGAGGACUGGCUGGGCUUGAAGGUGCUGGACAGCAAGGGUGCGCUGAGCUUCAGGACGAUAAAAGGCGAGCACAUGCAGAUUCCGGAGCAGGUCCUGAAUGACACCAUGGCUGAAUUCUUGGGGCCGUUCAACAAGACGGCCGUUUCUGCCGGCGGCGACGCGUCUCAGGAGCUGUAA